ACAAUGGUGAAACAAUCGUUUCUUUUGCUGAAAGGCUGUUUGCGCUUGAUCUAGUGAAUUAGAUGAAUGACAACGGUCUUAUUUACACAUUUUGAAGUCAUCGUUCCCUUUUUGGUUGAAUUUCAUUGUGCAGACUUGAACAGCGCAGAUACCACAACAAAGCAAUUGGCGGUCAUUGUCAGAUAAGUACGUUUAACACAUCAUCAGCCUCUAAGAAUCAUAUAUAUAUAUAUAUGUAAGCUAUAUAUAUUAUAUCAUUAUAUAAGGCAAACUGUAAGAAAUGGAUCGUUUUAAGUUGGUUCUGCAGUAUUUCCAGUCAAAUUCCGAGUCUAUUUCCAAUGGUAUCUGUAUAAUAUUAUCCCUGAUUAGCGUCAAGCUGUACACAAGUUUUGAUUUCAACUGUCCCUGUUUACCGCAGUACAACAAGAUGUACGCAAUGGGGGUCAUGUUUGUUCCCCCAAUUAUAUUAUUCUGUUUGGGAGUAUUAGUUAAUCGUCAUACAGGGGUGUUCAUGGAAGAAUGGGUCAGACCCAUUGGAAAGAGGACAAAAAAUCAGGCUGUGGUUAAAUUUCUGCUUUCAUCAAUGUUGCAAAGGGCCCUUUUGGCUCCCAUGGUCUGGAUCCUAAUGACACUCCUGGAUGGAAAAUGUUUAAUUUGCGCGUUCAGUAUGAAUGUAGACCCCAAACAUUUUACUGGCAUACCCAACAGCACUGGCCUGGAACUGAUAAAGAUCAUGGCUGAGGUGCCCUGCAAAGAAGAGUUAAUCUUCAGGAACAGCAGUUUUCGGAAAGCUGUGUCACGCUAUGUGCGUUGUUACUCUCAAGCAAUAGGCUGGUCAGUCCUCCUCUUCCUAAUUGUUUUGGGUGCUGUGGGUCGAAUCAUGAAGCCUUGCUUCAAUCACGCCACAUUUCUGCAGACCCGUUACUGGAGCAAUUACCUGGACAUUGAGCAGAAACUCUUUGACGAGACCUGUGUCCUCCAUGCCAGAGACUUUGCCAGAAAAUGUGUGGCGCAGUUCUUUGAGAGCAUGCGAGACGAUGCAACUCUGAGAUUGCCUCUCUCGAGUGCACUAGGACCCGGCAAAAUUCAGAAUGAAUAUGGAGAGGAAGAAGAAGAGCGUCUGCAUGGCAUAACGAGACACGAUCAAGUGUAUCAUUUGCUGCAAACCUGGUACCAGUGCAAACCAGAGCUGGAUGUGACCCAGAUGGCCUAUAAGCCCAAAGUGUGUAUCACUUGGGAAGACAGGAAUGGAAAGGCAUUAUUUUCUGAAGUGUAGAACUGAGACAUGCAAAUCAUCUCUGUACUUUAGAUUCAUGCUAUAAAUGAAAUGUUCAUGGAAUGUUAAUAAAGAUGCUCA